AUGACUGGAAUGAUUGCUGGCUUGGCAGGGAUGACGAAAGAAUCUUUUGCCAUACCUGCAGUUGGAGGUGGUGCCAAUUUAAUAUUAUCAUUGUCAUCAUAUCCAAUAUAUAAACCAAUUGUUACAUUACAUCUUGUACAAAUUUUCCUGAUUGAUAAAAAAGAUGCAGAUCGUACAGGCAAUUGUCUACUGAGAACAUUAGUAUGGGACUUGUAG